CUACGAGAGUUUGUCCCUUUACGUCUGCCGUAGCUGACAAAACGUGCAAGACUGAGAACUGGCUAACUGCUAGUUACCGUUCCUGAUGCCCAGACUGACAGUUGACCGGAGUAACGUUUAGGAGUAUUUAUUUAACGUUACGAGUUUCUCCUUACCAUGAGUGACAGCGACGAUGACGUCCCUCAGCUUUCAGCUGCUGCUCUUGCAGCUCUGCAGGAGUUUUAUGCUGAGAAAAUGACUGAAACAAAGCAGGAGCAGCCAGCACUGACGGACAGCUACACUGUCGGUUCCUUCAAAGAGGACUGGCAUAUGAGCCAGUUUUGGUACAGUGAUGAAACGGCUGCCCGGUUAGCUGAGGAAGCCAUCCAGCAAGCAGGAAAACAAGGGAGGAUAGCCUGCGUCAGCACACCUAGUGUUUAUCAGACGCUGAAGCAGCUGGAGUCCCAGAGAGAAGAUGAGUCACACUGCGUGUCAUCUGUCCUCUUUGAAUUUGACCGUCGAUUUACAGCUUAUGGCCACGAGUUUGUCUUCUAUGACUACAACAACCCACUGUGUUUACCUGAACACAUCCUUCCACAGAGCUUUGAUGUUGUGAUUGCAGACCCUCCCUACCUGUCAGAAGAGUGCCUCAGCAAGGUGGCACUAACUGUAAAAUACCUGACCAAGGGCAAAAUCCUGCUUUGUACAGGAGCUAUCAUGGAGGAACAUGCCAGGAAACUCAUGGGCUUGAAGAUAUGCAGUUAUCUACCAAAACACAGCCACAACCUUGCCAAUGAAUUCAGAUGCUAUGUUAACUAUGACUCAAGCCUCCUCUCCUAAGGGGUAGGUUUGGAACAGGACCUCAAAACAUUUAAGGUGUGAUUAAAAGCUCUAUACAUGUGGAAUGAA